AUGAAUACUAGUUUAGCUCGUGGUGUUGAUACAACUCCUUAUGAAAUUGUAUGUGGUCAAAAACCAAGACUUGGCUUUGAUUUAUGGGAAUCAAUAGAUGAACAAGGUAUUAUCAACGAAGAAGAUUUACCACCUGCUAUUCUUGAACAACUUAUGAAAGAUAAAACUUCAAUGUCUACAACUUACGAUGUAUCAAAUACUGAUGCUGUUAGUCAGCAACACUCAAUUUCUUCCACUAUCACCAAGCCCGAUGCAUCAACAGCAGAUUCAAUGCCAGAAUCAGCCGCUUCAUCAGAUAUAAUUAAUGAUGUAUGUACACAAGCAGUGGACUCGACUUAUUCAAGCAAUGAAGAAACUGAUGAAAUAACGCAACAUGCAAACGAAGUUGCUAGUGAUAACAUAACAUCAGCUAAUUCAGCACAUUUGGUAAUACGUCGACGAGCAACAGAAAAAUAUUUAUCAAAAGCAAACAAAAGGAUUAAAGUUUAUAAUGAAUUUAUAGAAGAGUUUUCAUCUGAUUGUUCCAUUGGUGAUUUUGUUGGUAUUAAAAUUGAUCGUACAAAUACGGAUCCUAAAAUAUUACCUGUAAUUGUCUUUAAAAAAAGACGUGAUAAAAUUAAGGUCGCAUGUGAAUAUGAUAUAAUUGAUACAUGA